AUGUCCUCAUCGAGUACAUCGACUCGACAUGUGGCAUUCUUUUAUGGUACUCUGAAGUACAAGUUUCCGAACUGGGCAGUUGUUCCGCCAACUGUUAUUUUCCUUGGGACCGCGAGAACACUAAGGCCCCAUCCACUAGUCGUCGACACAGAAAUGGGGGUGCCAUACAUUCUGCCCCUUCCAGGUCAUCCACACGCGCAGAACAUUCACGGCGAACUCUAUUCCAUGACAUCAGAAGAAGCAGAGGCUCUUGAUCGUUUCGAAGGCGUCCCGAUUGAUUUUUACUACAGGGCUGAACUAGACGUAGUUGUCACAGCAAGUGAGGACGGAAGAACACCCCAACCGAACCCAGUCGACGGGCAGCUACUCAAGCCUGAUUCUGUCCUUCCUUCGGCGACAUACUUUCGCGGUAGAGGUGGAGCGAGUUGGGCGCAGAAGUGGAGUGUUGAGCGAUUGCAGACGCUCCCGAUGAAGUCCAUGUAUACUAUUCAGGAUGUGGAAGAAUACAUCCCCCAACACAAGAGACUGAAUGGGUGA